CCAGGCGCUAUUUUUUCUCCACGGAGAAGGAAGAUGUGGUGGGAGAGGGAGGUGACACUUGGAGGAAGUCGGGACGGCAGCAGAAACAAGGACAGAGCUCGAGGGAGGCCCGCCAGCUAGUAGACCAUCCCCUCGGCCGCGUGCUCAAUUUGGGAUACCUUAUUACACAGUAAAAUUGAAACCUGCAAGCCACGCCUACUGUCGUUAAAUUAGAACAGUCUUUAGGGUGGACCGCUUUCUUUUUGGCUUACUAAUACUUGUGCUUUGCAAGAAGCUGCAGCAGUAGAGAAUAUGGCUACUGGUGGCGAGGCUAAGGUCAGAGAGGGAGACAAGCUCAUAAUCGAGGCAGAGAAGUGUUUGAAGACAAACUGGCUGAAGUGGAGUGCUGACUAUGCAGGAGCAGCUCAUGCUUUCGACAAAGCAGCUCUGUGCUACAGGAAUGGCAAGGCCUAUGAUAGGGCCAGACAGGCCUACGAGAGAGCUGCCGAGGCCCACUACAAGAACGCUGGUUCAUUUCAGGCCGGGAGAUCUAUGGAGCAAGCUGCACACGUUGCUAAGGUUGUGUGUUUUACCUACACACUUUGGGUACAAGCAGUGGUAUUUUGACUGGUGUACUAUAUAUAGAGGAACAAACCAGAACCAACCAAAGUUUCUGUUCGCCAUUUGUAUGACAAUCUGCAGAACAUUUCUCUGUGACCAAAUCAAAAAUUUCCCCCCUCCCACUAUUAAUGUACAUACUACUGCAGGAGAUGAAGCAGAUGGAGCAGGCGGCCAUGUUGCUGGAGACUGCCAGUCACUAUUACCAUGAGAGUGGGCAUGGAGACACUGCCGGGCAGGUGCUAACCAAGGCAGCCAAGCUCGUUGACCCCGUGAACCCGCUGAGGGCCGUCGACUACCACCUGGCGUGUGCAGAGCUCCAUUUGGUGGAGGACAAGCAGAGAGAGGCCACUAAGGCCACCAGGAAUGCCGUCAAUAUGGCCGCCAGAGCAAGGGAUCUGGACAAGUUGAAAGAAGUUCUGGAGAAGCUGAGGACUCUGUAUGAGGAACUGAACAUGCACAAACAGCUCUGGAAUGUGGCUGCCAUAGAGUUGGUUCUUCACCUCCACCGCGACGACACUGUGGCCGCCAAUGACACUGUUGUCGAUGCUGCAAAGAUUCCAGGGUUCCUGGAGAGUGAUGAGCGGCCGGCCAUGGAGAGGUUGUGCGAUGCCUUCCAGGAGAGGGAUGGAGAUGCUGUUGUGGAGGCCUGUGGGGGCGUGGUCUUCAGGUCCAUGGAGACCGACGUUGCAAAACUCGCACUGGAUCUUAAGAAAAAAUUCGAAUACUCAUCUCCCACACACACCUCCUCCACUUCUUCCUCAACAAAACCCUCCUCUUCCUCCUCCUCUACUGGACCCUCCUCCUCUACCAAGUCACCACCACCGUCAGCGUCGACAGUCACAGCUGUUAGCAGUGCCGGUUCAGGACGGUUUGCUGAUAUGAAGUCAGAGCUGUUUGGAGGAGGGACUACGUCCGGCGAGGAGAAACAGAAACAACCAGUGAUUGAGGAGACGGUCGAGAGCCAAGGAGAUAAAAUAGAGAGAGCGAGUGAUGAAGAGGAGAGGGAGGAAGGAGAGGGGGAGGAGGGAGAGGAGGAGGGAGAUGAGGAGAAUGCUUAUGGAGGGGCUCUUACCUGACAACACAAGCAUUCUACACGCUUUGACUUGCCGAACGUGAAUAGUAUCACAUCAUUAUGUUUGUCUGAAUAAUUAUGUUAACAUGUACAGAAAAUUUGUGAAUCAUGAAAAUGGUUAAAUGCACCUAUAAUAGUGGCUGCACAACAAAUGACAUUCCAAAAAUGUGCAUUUCUCUGCUAACAGCAAAUGAAUAUACACACACAAAAUCACUUGCUAAAAGAAAAGU